GACAGAUACUUCUAAUAAGCGAGAAUGAAGAAGGGUUUAAGAGAAGGCGGGGUUUAUAUUCAGAGAAAGAGGUGAAUCACUCGACAGCGAAACGCUUAAAGCCCAAAGAAGAUUCUAAAAUAGAGGCUCUGCAAGAACUUUACCAGCUCUAUCCUAGCAUUAAUGGUCAAAGUGUAUGGUUUUUUCCAACACUCAAGAAGUCUGCAGAAGCUUGGAUAAAGACACUCAGUGGCAAACGUUUUUUUAAAGGGAAAAAAUCUGCAUUAGCCAUCAUAUUCUUGGAACCUAGUUGCAAGGGACCAAGUUUAUCGACGAUGAUACGCAAUGACAUGGAGUUUACGGGUAUAACUCUAACGGAAGGUGACAGUUAUUUACGUCUUACAAUCACGGACAGUAGGAACCCUGCAUCAAGCAAGCAUCUCAUGCGUCUG